GCAGGUAUUUACGGGGUGUGUUCAGAGUAAUAUAGAGACAGCCAGUCACAUGGCUCCAGCGAAGCCGCAACUCACGGUGCAUUAACAGUGCUCUGUAGGUACAGGCCUCACGUUUAUGCAGUGGCAAACACACUGUGGUUAGACCUGGAGAGAUUUCUUGAUAUCAAGAAACGGCAAGAUGAUAUAAGAAAGAUAAUCUAGUCUUAUGUGAUGGAGCUGCUGAUUUUAGCAUGUGUACACCAUAGAAGUGAAGUGGGUGUCUGGCCAACAAUUGAAGGUUGUACUUUGUCUAAAUUUCUAGACAAGCAUGCGUCAGAUGAUUGGGGAAGAGUGAAACCACGCAACUGCUGUACGUGUGUGUUUAUGGUAUGUAUGAGUCACAGAGAGAGAGGGAGAGAGGGUGAAACAGAAGAGGCUGUAUUUAGAGAAUAUAUAGGAACAAAUGCUGCUGCAUGGUGAGACAUUGAAGUUGGUAUCUGCUUCUUUUUUUUCCAGCACAAAGACGCUCUUCAUUUUUGCUGUUCUGUGAUCUUCUGUCACAAUGACCGUGUCUCACUGGUCUCGAUCCAGACUGGCUGACAGGAAAGCCCCCCUAUCUGCUGUCUUCAUUCAAAAAGUUUCAAUGCUCCUCCACGUUCUAAGAUGAAGUUAUGGAAAGGUGCUACUUUUGCCUUCAUGCUCUGUGCUGCAGCCCUGUCCACCAUCCUCAUUAGAAACAUGGCCACCAUCAGACAGUUCAAGCUUAACACAAAAUAUCCAUCUUCACCCUCGUCGAGACCGUCUUCAUUAUUAGAAUCAGCAUCCAAGACCUCACCGCCAUCAUCAUCAUCGCCCUCCUCAGAAUCAAGGCCAGUGCCCCAACAGAUGGGUGAUCUGCAUCGGAGGAAACGCUCAACAGACGACAUGAAAUCUUUCCUCUCAGAGUUUACCAUGAUGCUGCAGAGCUUCACCGAGGGCGAGCUUCAGCACGUGGUCGGAACCUUGCUAGAAAGGAAGCGAAGGAAGAGCCGGCGGCUUGCUGAGACCCAGGGCCGCAGGACUAAAAGGGCCCGAAAACGCAAGCUGUGCUCCGUCAGGGAGCUCGAAGUGAAAGUGAAUGAACUGGGUCUCAAAUAUAAGAGCGAAGAGACGGUGCUGCUGCGCUACUGCAGUGGCAAAUGCGAUAAACACCGGGAAAACUAUGACAUGGUCAUGAAGCACAUGAUGACAGUGGGCUUCAGAGAGAAGGGCCGCAAGGACAAAGUUAGCAUUCAGCCCUGCUGCCGACCGACUGCAUUUGAGCACUUUACCGUCCUGGACACAACAGUAAACCCCAGCCGCUAUCUGAACAUACACAACGUAUCUGCAAAGAACUGCGGAUGUGUAUGACCCAGAGAUAUGGACUUCUUUAUGCUGCUCUCACUCUCUGAUGGAAGAGUCAUGGUUGCUGUUAACAGAAAAUCUAUGGAGUAUAAACUCAAUGAGAGGAAGAUGUGAAUAUGUUCCUGGAUGCUCCAAAGCAGCUUUUUUAAAAAAUAAUAAUUUUAUUUUUUUUUGUUGGACAGAUAGACUCUGGCAUUUGACCAUCAGUCUUCACAAGCUGAGACAGUGUCACGUGGACAGCAAGACUUGACAUGUACAAAGGCAGACAAUGGCUGCUUAAAUCACAAGUUUUUAUCUUUUCUAUCCAUGUAGUAACACUGUAAACUGUGGUGUAACAACAAUGUAGCAAGGUUUUGUUUGUGAUGUCAUAUUUCAGUAGUAGUAAAUGAAACAGAUUGAUGAUUUAUAAGCUGUAGGGGACCAGAUCAGUGCUGUAACUGGACUUCAUUCCCACCGGUGUUAAUCACAGGACACUUCAGCCUCGUGGCCUGAUUAUAAUGUUUUGUGAUCUGGCUUAAAGCGUGUUGUUAUUACAGGCCAUGACUUUGGUUCCCUACUUCUAUGCAAUGUUACUAACUGGCUUGUGUUAUUACACAGGUAGAAGAAAAAAGUGUUACUGAUUAGAAUUUGCUAAUGCAAGAAAAUCCUUUUCUGUAGCUCCAGGUUUUAUGCCCACGUUAAAAACUCCAGUGUAUGUCGAUUUUGUGUUGAAUAACAGCAACAGAGCAAUUUAAACAUUUCACACAUCUGCUCUCUUGAGUUCUACUUUCUCAAAACACCCCAGUCUAAAAUACGCAAUUACCCAAAAUUUUCAGGAAUUAUUUUCCCCAAAUAAUUGCCAUAACACACCAAGUCAAACCAACACGCGCGGGAAUCCACAAAGUUACAUUCAUAAACAUCGCACAUAUCAGGUUGCCGGUGACAUAACCCGUUUCAUUUUUGUCUCUGGGUGUCAUUUGUGAACGUUUACACUUACACGGUCAUUAGCUAAUUUGAGAAGCAGGUGUAAAAGAGAAAAAUGGAAACUAAAAACUUGGCAAAGUAGAUGCUGAGAUCUGAAGUGAUGUUCGCACCUCUCCAUAAAACCAUGUAACCUUUUCCAAUCCAGAGCCCACAGUACAGCCUUCCACUGGCCCUUCAAAUGCCUCCUUUGUUGUAUUGCCUGGUUGACUUUUAGGGGAGAAAAAGCUGUUGAAAUGAAUCAUUAAGCAUCUUUUUCACCUUCGCCGAUUUUUAUUUGGUUUGAACCCAUAGCAACUGCCUGAAGUAAAAACACAUUAUGUCUGUCUGUUUUUUUCUUUUUGACUUUUUUGUUUUUCCGGGAAGGUGAAAUGGAGAUGCGGUGCAUCUUUUUUUGUUGUUCUUAUUGUAUUUAUUUGGGAAAUAAAUUAUGGUUUUGCAUAUUUAUUUAGAUUACCACACAGAAAUGGGACAGCUUAUCAUCAUUAAGAAACUGUGCCAAAAAAUGUUUAUCUUACAUUCUAUACUGACUGCUGAAUAAAUAUAAUUUCAGACGUAUGGAUGUUUAUCGUUUCUCCCAAGUCACUGAUUUUGGGGGUGUCAAAUAUUCUGUACUCAGAUUGUAUUUAAAAUAGAAAAUAAAUAAAACAAUAAACUUUC